GCGCGUCAUCGGGCACAGUUACCUAUCACCACGGCGCCAUCGUCUCGGAUGUACGUGUUGUCGAGUGUGUUGGAAGAUUUUUGACACCUUUAUGAAGUUAAAUGCCUUCAUUCCUUUCAGCACCGUGAAAAAAGAAUCCAUUUGACGCAUAAUCGUGCAUUCUUUCAAUUAAGUUCAGUACAAGUAAUGAAGACAGUUGAAAGCACUGAUAUGUCCACCUACGAAGACAUUAGUGAAACACAAGAUAACAGCUUUGAAGCAUAUCAUCAAGAAAAGAAUCCAAGCCCUAAUAGCAAAGAGCCUUGCAGCGGAAUCCCACAAUUAAAUGAGGGCGAGAAUGUUGGUGAUGAUACACUAGCUUCAGUGUCUUUGUCUACAGAGCAACAGCAGUCACAAUGCUCUGCUGACACUCUUCAAAAUGGCUCCAUGUCCACUACACGUCAACACCCACCUCAACAUGAAUUCAUCGGUUCAGUUAUUAAAAUGAUUAAUGAUGACAUCAAGAUGUCAAUUGAACAUUGGUCCAGCAGUUUUAUUGAAAGUGAUGAAUACGAGUCCUUUUCAUUAAAACAACUUGAUCAAUUGUUAGUACAAGCUGAGGCAAUUGAGAAAGAUCUAUUAAACCAGAAAGAAGUACUUCAUAAGCGCCUUAUUGAUUUAUCAAAUGCCUUGAAAGUGUAGAUAUGCAAUGACAUAGCAUCUUGUAAAUUAAGGUAAAUUGGCAAAUCGUCAUUAAUGUAUGUGUACAGUAUUGACUUUGUUUUACCGGUACUUAAAUUACACAAAAAUAUUUUCUUUUCUUUCCCCACAAUAUCUUUUUUUCUAGAUUUAAAAAGGUUAUUGAUUAGAGUGCCAAUCAAUACUGAACUGAUAAAAAUAAAUUUUAUGUUCCCUCAAAGUUGUUCGGCAAUGAUGACAAGGGAAUAUGUGAUGUGAUGGCAUUUAACAGAAAACCUGUUAAUAUCGAUCUUAAAUCCUUGGAUCAUGCAUGUUCAAUGGUUAAAGAUCAAAUCUAGAUCUAUAAAUGAACUCGAGGGCCUAAUGAAUUGAUAUUACCCAUUCUUUUUAUUAAAACAUCUGGAAAUAGUUUAAGUUUAAAUAAUUAUCUGUUAUAUUUCAUCUAUUCUAAGUAGUGGAUGUUUGAAUGUUUAAAAGAGAACUAGGAAGGACAAUGAUGUAAAAAAUAUCCAUCCAAUAGAACUUUUAUUAAUUAAUCAUUAACAUGAGAGUUAUUAACAGCAAUGUUAAUAUUGUAUAAAAUGAAAUUUGUUAUUUUCUUAAUCCCUUAAAAAUAUACGCCGUGGCUAGGAUACGGUACCAUAUCUUAUCUUCCAUUUGCUAAAGGUGUGGUAAAUUACAUCAUCCAAUACAGUGCCGCCAACGGUGUGGCGUCAUUGUUGAUAGAGACAAAAUGCAGAGGAAGUUGGUGUAGUAACAUUUAGAACCAUACUUUAUCUAUCUUGAAUAUGAGUUAAUCCUGUUACGGCACUAACGUAUCCCCCGUCACGGUCUUACAAAUAUACAUUUAAAACAAUAUUAAACAUUAAGCAUACAAGUAUUUAUUUACAGUAAAGGACCUCCCAUUAUAUUUACAAAUCUCAUAUUUGUGAAGCAAUAAUAAUCAAGUUAUUUAAUAUUAGGGAUUGUUAAUGUUAUUAUAUUACGUAACAACUACACUGUACAAUAGCCAAGACUGUAAAUAACGUUUUUUCCCUGAUAACAUUUGAUUUAACCUGAUGUAAAAUUAUAACUCCAAGUAGGGAAAUGUUGAAUCCCAACAUGAUGCCGUGUAUUACAUUUCUUGGAUUUUGAUUUGAAUUUUUUAUUGGGUUCACUUUUGAAUCAAUGCCACCCAUCAUAUUAGUGACUGUGCACAAAUAAACUUACAAAACAAAAAGAAGGUACUAAACUGUUCUCAACACUGUUCUUCAUAACACUAAUUAUUAGUUGCAUAACUAAUGGAGUAUUAUAAUAUACUUCACAAAAUAGGUCAGGACCCCGAGUCAGGCCAAAUGUUACACGAUAUCAGGAAAAGGUAAAAUUAAUUAUACCAUCCUUUCUCAUACGAAAGCUAACACAUUGUUAUUGUAUAGGCCUACAGUCUUGGCUAUUGUACAGUAAAGGUGUUAUGUAAUAUAUCUUUGAGUGGCAUUUUUAAUUUUAUUUACUGUAUUCAUGUUUUGGCGAGUUGCUCAAUUAUGGACUUGUUUUGUGCUCUGUGAGUUUCACGUUCUCUUAUGUUGCUUUUGUAUAACAACUCGGUAGAAAAGCAGGCUUACAAUGAAGAAUUUUUGAACGAUAUUGUUAAUCUGGUGGCGCCAUUUUAUUAGAUAAUGCAAUUUACCGUACCUUUAACAAACCGAAAUUAAGAUAUGGUACCAUAUCUCUAGCCACAGCAUUAAAAAUAUCUGUAAAAUUGUUUAAUUAAAAGAUUAGUUUUAUGAAGAA